CAGGAAAGCUAUCUGGGCAGGGGAUUUCCAACUCCCUUGCUUGCAUAUAAGCUCCAGUUGAGGUCCCUUUUGUGUUUCCUGUUUCUGCUCUCUUGACUGCAGCGAUGGCUCCCAAUGCGUCCUGCCUCUGUGUGAAUGUCCAUUCUGAGGAAUGGAAAUUGAUGACCUUCACUGCCGACCAGAAUGACAGAGUAAAGAAGAUCAAUGAACAUGUCCGGUCCAAGACCAAGGUUCCCGUGCAGGACCAGAUCCUUCUGCUGGGCUCGAAAACCCUACAGCCCCAGAGAACACUUUCGUCUUAUGGCAUUGACAAGGAGAAGACCAUCCACCUCACUCUGAAGGUGGUGAAGCCCAGUGAUGAGGAGCUGCCCAUGGUUCUGGUGGAGUCAGGUGAUGAAGGGCAGAGACAUCUCCUUCAGGUGCGGCGGUCCAGCUCAGUGGCCCAGGUGAAAAAGAUGAUCGAGUUGAAGACUGCUAUAACCCCUGAGACCCAGAUUGUGACUUGCAAUGGAAAGAAACUGGAAGAUGGGAAGACUAUGGCAGAUUACGGCAUCAGAAAGGGCAAUUUGCUUUUCCUGACACACCACUGCAUUGGGGGUUGACCACUCUAGGGAUGGGGUGACAUCAGGAGGAAAAGAGCUUACUUUCUUUUAGCUUUUACUCACUGAACGUAUCUUUUGAUGGUUUUCCAAAAUUUUAUAAAAGGGAAUAAACAGAAAAAGAUUCAGGAUGAGGUGGGGAGGGAAUAUUUUUCCAACUCUGAUUCUUUGAUUCCAACACAAUUAAGUGGCUGGAUUAUGUAUGGUACCGCCGAGAAAAGAAAACGAAUCACUAAGGCAUACUAGAGACAGCGUUCAAAACCAGCUUACAAUUGAAUUCCUUCUUGGUUUCCUAUGAUUUAUAGAAAAACUCUUAUUUUCUUUCCUAUCUAACAAGACAUAGUAAGUUUUAGAUUGGAAUCUAGGUUUUGCUAAUUUCUAUGUUUCUGUGAAUGUUUAGCCCAGUGCUUCACGUAUAAUAUCACCCAGUGACUAUUGAAUCAAACUGAAUUUCCACCCAUAGAGAAGAGUGAAAUAAAUGAUUCAUUUUGAAGUGGAUUAGUUACUCUGACACAGUCACAAUUUAACUCAUAGAGAAUUUAUAAAUUUAAUAAAUUACUUUUUCUCUAUUUAAGGGCAUUUGGUAUAAAAUGAAACCUGGCACUGUGCCCCUACCUACCCUCUAUGUCCCCCACAGAAUUAAAAUUGUUCUUUUUUCUGGGCAUGGUAGUGGGCACAGAGAUAUUUUCCAUGGGAAUCUAGAGACGCCAUGUCUCUAGUAGGGGCUCCUUGGGGGCAGAUGCUCUUCAGGUGGGAAUGGACUUUCUGAAAGGUGAGGGAUUGUAGAGCAGUCUCUGUCCUGCCUGCCUUAAUGUCUAGCAAGUCUUCUGCAGGCUGGGGGUAUCAGUUUGGUGGAGAGAGAUAAGGCGUUGGCCCCUGGGCUGACAAUGAUAUCCUGCCCAAGUUCUGGCUGAUGGAACAUUUUUCGCUGUUUCCUUCACCACCAGGUCCCUGCUUCUCUCUUGGGAAAUCAAGUCCCCUCUUUCCUCCUCCUUCCUCCAUUUAUUCCUCUCUCUCACAGUCCUUCUUUCAUGUCUUGCUGCUGAUCACUUGCAAGCUGACUUUUUUUUUUUUUUUUUUAACAACCUGAAACCUGUCCUCCUUCUUUCCCACCAGUUCUAGUCUCUUCCUUAAAACUGGCUCAGAACCAUCUCCUACAAGAGAGUUCCCUACCUUCAUCCCACCCAGCACAAUCACUAUACUUAUGGUUAUUGGUUAUUCCUCAUCACACUUAUGAGUCAAGUGCCCUGUGGUGGGCAUUCGUCCCCUGGCUAGGUUGGCAUUAUGUCUUAGAUCGCUGAAGAGAGAGAAUAAUUUUUUUUUUCCCCUGGAUUGGGUCUCCUCAAAGGUUUCCUCUGCUUUAAAGAAAAACUCUUUGUCACCAAAGAGAUCAUACCUCUGCCAUCAGACUGGUAGAAAGCUAAAGGUAGCAUUAUGUUGCACCUUUAGCUGUUGAUAUCUUACCUGCAUAGUCUUGAGGGGUGGUUAUUGCAUCCCCUAGGGAUGGGGAAGGUCUCCCCGGUAUCAUGCCUCCUCCCUUUAUCAGCUUAGGAGAAACCUGGAAGGCCAUAUCCCUCCUCCCUAAACCUUUAUGUUCAUAUACCCUGGGUGGUGCAAGCAGGGUCAGCUGCUAACCUAAAGGCUGGUGGUUCAAACCCACUCAGCAGCUCCAUGGAAGAAAAAGUAGGCCAUCUGCUUCCUUAAAGAUUACAGCCAAGAAAAUCCUAUGGAGCAGUUCUGCUCUGUAAUACCUGGGGUCACCGUGAGUCAGAAUCCACUCUAUGGCAAUGGGUUUGGUUUUAAAUGUAUAUGUAGAGAGGACAUAGCACUUCGUGUCACAAACCUAAACAUUUCUGAAGGGAGGAAGAGAUCUCCCGCAUUAACCUUGGACUCGCUGAGGACAAAUGUUGCAAAUUCUCACCCAGAAAUGAACAGCCUGAAGGCUAAACGGACUGACUCUCCCAUGGGCAUUUCCAUCCUUGGGCCCUGGGCUGACACUGUCACCUUUCCCCCACCCCCGAUUCACUGUCUGGCUUGCCCUCGCCCCACGUUCCCCAGGAGCCUCCUAGCCGUCCCCUUCACCUCUUUAUUCCUCAGGGUGUAGAUGAGCGGGUUUAGGGCCGGUGUGACCACGGUGUAGAAGAGCGAGACAAACUUGCCCAGACCGUGGUUGUAACUGUGCGCGGGUUGCAGGUAGGUGUAGAUGAUGGAGCCGUCGUAGAACAGGCAAACGGCCGUCAGGUGGGACCCACAAGUACCCAGAGCUUUCCUCCGGCCUCCGCUGGACCGCAUGCCCCAGACAGCGCGCGCCACCGCGCCAUACGAGGCUAGGAUGACGGCGGAUGGCACCAGCAGGAUGACUACCCGGGCAGCGAACAUCUGGCGCUCGAUGCUGUUCCCGCCAACUCCGCAGGCCAGUUUGAGCAGCGCGGGCACCUCGCAGAUGAAGUGGUCAAGCUGGCGGGGUGCGCACAGUGGCCGGGCGGCCAGGAGCGCCGUUUGUGCCGCCGAGUUGGUGAGGCCGCCGAGCCAGGUGGCGCCGGCCAUCGAUCGCAACAGG